UUAAAUAAAAGAAUGAUUGAAGAAAGUGUUAAUUCUAUGUCUUUAUGCUAUCCUUUCUUCCCCAUACUGUAUUCUCAUGUCUGGUAACUGUCACUUGAUCUUUUUCAUUAUACUCACUGAAGGGAUCGUAACCAGAUUCUAGGUCUGAUAAGUUUAUGUGCUUCUUCAUAUGGUCUUAAACCCGAGUUUUAUGAAUAAAGUAGUGCGCAAUUAUUUGUGUUUAGUUGCAUUUCUUAGACAGUUUGAUUAAUGGACACUUACCAACAUGGUAAUCCAAAAUGCCUAAGUAUUAUAUUUGAGAGCAAAUAGAUGUAAUGGUUUCAUGAAAACUUCCCAUGAACAACAAAUUUCUUUGCCUUGUAUGGCUUGAUUCUUGAAGAGGAGUCAACACAAGUGUACAUUUAUUGUAGUGUGAAUUGUCUUCAAGAGGAGUUUACCCUUCUAUUGCUAGUCCUCCUACUGAUUACUGAUAAGGUACUAUUUUCACCUGUAGUUACAAUCUCUGGAUAUCUCUGGACAUAAAGUUGCCAACCCAGCACUUGUUGACUUGCUCAAGGUCUCUUUCACAAGGGCCAAUUUUUCUUUAGCAUACCCAUAUGUUGCUGCAUUGGAGGAGACAGAGACAAUGGAACAUUCUCUAAUUUCAGAGUUUGCAGAAACAUGUGGCCAUGAUUUAGGAGUUGGUAACAUUGCCUUCCUGGAGUCUUGCCUUGUAGAGGGUGAAAAUUUUGAAAAACUUGCAGGCUUACACUCUGUCCAUGAUUACCUGGUUACAAGGAUGAAAAGAGGACCUAAGGGGCAUGCAAAUCUAAUUGUGUUCUGCCAUGGAGGCUCCCAUUCUUUGGAAGAACUUGAUCAACCACAUUCUGAGAGCAGGAUGUUCUCUGAGCUUAUCAACUCUGUGGAGCAGUCUGGGGCCAAAUAUUCUGUUCUCUAUGUUUCAGAUCCAUUUAGGUCAAUCCGGUAUCCUUCUUACAGGAAGCUAGAAAGGUUUCUUGCUGAAGGAACUCCUUGGAAAUGGGUCAGCUAA